AUGUACAACGGUACGACCGACCCAAAGGUGCAUCUCCAGGCGUUCCAUAUCACUAUGGGAAGAGCCAGGCUUAGAGAAAGUGAGAAAAACGCUGGUUACUGUCGCAUGUUCGUCGAAAAUCUCGAAGGUGCGGAACUUGAAUGGUUCUCCCGGUUGAAGCGAAACUCCAUCGGAAGCUUUCGCCAACUCGCAUCGGAAUUCCUCCUCAAAUACUCUAUGUUCAUCGAUAGAGAAACUUCCGAUGUCGAUCUCUGGAGCUUAACCCAGGAAGAGGGCGAGUCUCUCCGAGAGUUCAUAAGCCGUUUCAAACUGAUCAUGGCGAAGGUCAGCGGAAUCAGCGACAAAGUCGCCAUCGACGCGCUCAGGAAGGCGCUCUGGUACAAAUCGAAGUUCAGAAAGUGGAUAACGCUCGAAAAAACUCGCACGAUCCAGGACGCCCUCCACAAAGCCUCAGAUUACAUAAUGAUCGAAGAGGAGGGGAAAGACAGGACUUCGGGAAAUAAGUGGAACCGUAUUCAGAGUUAUGACAAAAACGUCUACUGCGAUUUCCAUCAGACCGAAGGUCACUCCACAACCAACUGCAAAGUCGUAGGGGCAAGGCUUGCCGCGAAGCUGCUUGCUGGAGAACUCUCUGGAGUAACCAGCGUUAAGGAUUUAAUCCUCGACUCCGACCGUCCGCCAAAAACCAAUAAGAAUUCUCCCACGGAAAACUCGUCGCCGAGAAAUCAGGCCGGGGAAAAACGCGAGAGAAGAUCGGACGACAGAGGGAAUGAUAAUUCCCGCAGGAGGGUAAACAUGAUCAUGGGAGAAUCCCAAUACUGCAAGGACUCGGUCUCGGCCAUCAAAGCCUACCAACUGAAAGCCGAGUCAACUGCGAAGUAUCCCCCACGGUCUCCUCCUCGAGACGGGCAGAACGCCUCAAUCACGUUCACGGAAGAAGAGGCUUGCGGAAUCGACCAGCCUCACUGCGACCCCUUGGUCAUUGAUCUCGUAAUAAGAGAUCUCGAAGUCGCAAGAAUACUCAUCGACACCGGAAGCACGGUAAACCUAAUCUUCCGCGAUACCCUAAGAAGGAUGGGCGUCGAGCUCGGAGAAGUCACCCCGGUACCAAAACCGCUCACGGGCUUCUCCGGACAAACGUCCAUGACCCUAGGAUCAAUUCAGCUACCCGUCAUAGCAAAAAACGUUACCAAGGUAGUUGACUUCGCGGUGGUAGAUAGCCCGGCUAUUUACAACGCGGUUAUGGGAACUCCAAGGCUAAACGCCAUGAAGACCGUUCCCUCGACUUAUCACUUGGGCGUCAAAUUCCCAACCAGGACUGGAAUCGCCGCAAUCUGGGGUUGUCAAAAACAAUCGCGACUUUGUUUCCUAGCGGAGCAUAAGUUGAGGCAGAUCACGACGACCUCCACAGUUAAACGGAAGCGAACUCAGCCUUCCGCCGAGGAUGCCCUGACGAAGGACACAGAGACAUCUCCCGCGGAAGCAGAUACGGAAAUCGGAACCAUCUCCAACUCCGAAGACAACGUCACAACUCAGCAGGAAGAGGAAAAUCCCGAGGUGAACGUCGACCCCGCAACUAAAGCGGUCGACGAAAAAACAACCGACGAGUAA